UUGCCUCAUUUGCAAAUGUUUUUGCGCAAGAGGCUAUAGUAUAGACAUAGCCUAAGAGUAAUGAACAGAGGUCACAGCACACUGGUUGACUAUCCUUUCAAAAUCAAGUGUUUUCUUGGCUCUGUGGCAGUGAAUUUUAAGGAAACCACUCAUUCCCAGCUGCAUGAUCUGCACCAAAGGCAGAUUCCAAUAUGCAAUGUACUAUUUCAUUCCCAGAGAUGCAUUCUGCAACCCCAUUAGGUGUAAGAUGCCCAAGCUAAGUGGGAGGCAAGCUGUGGCACAUCGAGGUUGUGUGUGUGGCCUGGGACAUUUUUAGUUUACUGUUGCCCACAUACUGGCUUGCCAAAUUCUGCUGGUUUCUGUUCUGUCAGGCUCAUGGUUAAUGUUCACAGUUGCACACAAGGCCUCCCUCCCCCCACUGCUGCCUGUGUAUCAGAGGCAGCAGUGCAGGGGGCAGGCAUGAACUAAUAAUAUGCAUGGGAAGCUUGCUUUUAAGUUCCUGCCUCCCUCCGGCCCUCACCACAUUGCUGCCUCUGAUACAGAGCCACUGGAGCCACCCCCCUCUGUGUGUAAACAUGUAUCAAUUGAAAAAUUCCAGAGUUACACAUUUACAAAAAAAAAACCCAAAAAUGCUUUUUAACAUCCCUAAAUGGCAUGAAGUUUUCAGCUUUAAUAUUUAAAAAUAGUUUGUCUUCAUGAUUAUGGAGAAAAGCUUGAAAAUGUGAAGCAUUCAUAUCCUAAAGUUUUGAAAACUAGAAGGCAAUAGAACCCUGACAAUUAUGAUUUUUAAACCCUCAAUUAUUAAGCUAGUCAUGACAUUUUGGGGGUCUGACUUUUUUUUUAAAUGCUUAGGUUCAAAACAUGGGUCAUGUGUACUGAAUCUCAUUUCUUAUGGUGUUUGGAUUUGUACCUUAGUCUUUUCAGUAGCAUACUAAUCAGAUGCUGCACUCAGUCUACUGGCAAAUUGUAAAUGUAGGCCUUAAUUGGACAGAUUGUUAGAACUGUUUAAAAGGGCCAACGAUGUUAAGCAAGAGUCAUGGAUACUGUUUUGGAUUAAAUGUGUAUAUGUCUUUAAAUGUAUGUGUGGCUUAGUAUUUCCUGUUGUAACCUUAAAGUAGGAGGAAGCAGGAAGAGACUUGGCUAGAAAGAGACUCAGGCUGUCUAAUAUCAGAGCAAAAUUGUCUUUCCUUCGAUUUAUAGUUAAUACAAAAGAACAUUAGAUUCUUUUCUGGGGAAGCAAAGACAACAGAGUAAAGUCGAAGAGAAAGACUUUAUUUACUUGAAGAUAGAACAGCCUUUGAAAAAGCUAAACUAACAGAUGAAGACAUGUUUCUUAAAGAAGGCUUGAAAUCCAUUCUUCCCCUUAUAGUGAGAAGUAUACUUCAGUUCAACAAACUUAAUAUAAGUAAUACUUCUGGAAUGGCUAAGGGCUAUAAACACACAAAUGUUGUGAUUUUGCACAAAUCCCUUGCUGAUGACUUUGAAAAGUUUUGCCAUGCAAAUGAUGGACCUCUCCCACUGCUGUACAGAAGUAAACCAGGUGAAUGGAAAUGUCCUUCUCUGAGCAAUAAUUCUCAUAGCAGAACUGAUUGUCUGCGGUAUAGGAUAUAUGAAUAUGGAGCUUGUACUGGCACUUUGACAAAUCUGAAGGAUUAUUCUGAUCAACUUAAAGAUAUGGUGACUUUUUACUUAGGCUGCAGUUUCUCAUUUGAAGAGGCAGUCCACAAUAUUGGUGCUCCUCUAAGGAACAUUAAGGAGAAAUGCAACAUAAGCAUGUACAAGACAGCUAUACCUUGCUGCAAAGUUGCUAGUUUUUGCUGCAAUUUAGUGGUUACAAUGAGACAGAUUCCCGAAGACAAAUUAGACGCAGUUGUGGAAGCUACUUAUCCACUGAAAGACUCACAUGGAGCACCAGUUCACAUUGGUAAUCCUGGCCUAUUAGGGAUCCAAAAUCUUUCCAAUCCAGACUAUGGAGAUCCAGUUCAGUCUCACCCUGGGGAUAUUCCAGUGUUUUGGGCCUGUGCAGUAACAGGAGUGGAAGCAGUCAGCAACUGCAAGUCUCCACUGGCUUUUACUCAUUCUCCUGACUGCACGUUUAUUACUGACUUGAAGAAUGAAGAUGCUGCAGUUCAUAACUCUAAAGAAAUCCCUACGGUUCACUGCAUUUCUCAAAAUCCUUUGCAUUAUAGCAUUGCAUCAGCAACAGCUAUACAAAAGAUAAGAAAUCUAGAAAGUCUUAUUGGAAUUGAUCCAGGAAACCGGGGCAUAAAACAUUUGUGCUGCCAAGAUGAGCUGCUAAAAGCUUGUCUGUCUCUUUCACAUGCUCGAUCAGUGCUGAUAACCACUGGAUUGCCUACUCACUUCAACCAUCAGCCACCUGAAGAGAAUGAUGGCCCUUUAGGAGCCAUUGCGAUGGCAGCCAUGUUGCAGAGCUUGGAGAAAGAUGUUGUUAUAGUAACAGAUCAGAGAGCCAUGAGUUUGUAUAAAAAGAUUAUUGAGGAUACUAUUCAGCAAGGAGUACUGAACACACCGGUGCCUCUACUGAGUUAUCAGGGAAAUGCUACAGAGUCAGCUUUAAUGUUUUUGUGUGAGAAUGGGAAUCUUGAAAGACCCAGAUUUGAUCACCUCAUAGCAAUAGAACGUGCAGGAAUGGCUGCUGAUGGCAAUUAUUAUAAUGCAAGGAAAGUCAAUCUUAAGCAUCUAGUGGAUCCCAUAGAUGAACUGUUCCUAACUGCACGUACCAUCCCUGGAAUCACAACAACAGGCAUUGGAGAUGGAGGAAAUGAACUGGGAAUGGGAAAAGUAAAAGAAGCUGUAAGGAAGUACAUAAAAAAUGGAGAUGUUAUAGCUUGUGAUGUUGAAGCUGAUUUUGCUAUUGUUGCUGGGGUCUCUAACUGGGGAGGUUAUGCUGUUGCUUGUGCACUGUAUAUUCUCAACACCUGUGAAAUACAUGAUCGCUAUCUGAGGAAAGCCAUAGGGUUCUCCAGAUUGUCGGAGAAGGCAAACUGGGCAUCAGCACUGCCGUCCAUUACUAAGGAAGAAAAUUUGCUGAAAACUCUCAUUCAAUAUGGUGUUCGUAGUGGAGUAACUGCCAGUCUUGAAAUGGAAGUGGAUGGACUACCCUUCUACAACAUACAUUCAGUUAUGAUUGAAAAGCUGCUGGCGCAGACACUGCAAUGACUUUCCCCUAAUAAUUUCUAACCUCUGAAGUUUAGAAUAGAAUGUAACUCCAUGGCCAGAAUAACAACCAGAAAAGGCUGGUUCUAUGACUGUAGGUACUUAUAUGCUUCCAUCACUAGUAUCUGAGCAUGUUACAAUCAUUAAGGAUUAGCCUUUCAACAUUGCUGUCAACAACUAGAAAAGUUUCAUUAGCCCCAUUUGGCAGACAUGAGAUGAGGAGAGAUUAAAUGAUUGCAUCAGGCUCACAUCGGGCAUCUGACACUGAAAUGAACACAGCUCAUGCCUUCACCACAAGACCAUUUUUCCUGUUUAAGUGUAAAAUUCUGAGUUAUAAUCAAUCACUUGAACAAUCUUUAGCCUUAUAUAGUAACAGGUGACCCAUUUUUCAUGAAAAAAUGUUUUGUGCCAUUAAAUGUAGAAGUAUUAUCACAAUUGUUUAUUCCUGUUUUACUAAGCCUCAGAGCUGCAACAGAAAGUAGUGUUUGAUUUUGAAAAGACAUAUGGAAAGGAGCUGCAAUGAAGGGGAGGUUAAAAAAAGUAAGAGGCUUUGUAGCAGUGAAAGUCCUAACUGUAUUAUCUACACACUUCCAGCAGCUCCUCUGACUGUGUAUUCUUUUGAUUGUGGAUAAACAAGAGACGCUUUAACUGAAUUAGUGAAAUAAUAAGAGCCUUGUAUGACUCCUAUGUAAAGUAUAGGGAAAUAAUGAUACUGACACUUUGCAGAAAUUUUCUUUUGAUACGAAAGGUCUGGUUUGUGUGUGCAUGUGUCUUGCUCUCUCUCUCAUGUUCACACUGACACACAUUCUAGUUUGUGGCUGAAGGAAUUCCACUAAUUGAUAACAUGUACUUAAAUUCUAUAACCAUCAAUUAGUAGCUGUACCAAAUAUACUUUACAACAUUAAUUUUAGUCAAGAAUGUUUUGACAUAAUAAGUCUUUGUCCCCUCCCAUCUUUCCUCCAAACAUAGGCUAUGUCAGCUACCUUUCACUGGGAAAUAUUAAGUUUAAUACUUACUGUUUUUCUCUAAAUAAUAAAGAUCCCAGUUCUCAGUUUAAUCCAGUGAUGAUGUAUGGCAUUUCCCUGCCUAUUGCAAUGCGAUUUAUGAUGUUAUAAUGAAAAGCCAUGGUGAUAAAAUUUUUGGGAUAGUAGUGUCAUUAAAAUUGCACUGUCCAGUAGGAUGAAUUUCAUUAAACAUUGAGAUCAUGCAUCCCUUUCUGUAGGGCAGAUGAAAUUUUAAGGUUCUAAUGGCCAAAUUCUGAUUCAAUUGCACAGGUUUCAGUCUGAUAUUACACUCAAUCUGAAUGAAAUUUGGCCCCAGAUAUGUAACAACUCAGAUUAGCCUGUCAGGUAGAUGACAAUUGCAUGUAAAAUAACAUACUCUGCAUUCCAGCUCCAUAUUUUAACUGGUAUGGAAGACUGUAAAGUAGUGAAACACAAAUAAGGCAAUGGAUGCAUUUAAUCUUAAUACAAACUUUGUGUGUUCCUUAUACAAUCUUAGAUCAGAAAGAAUGAAUAGUUAAAGUUGUGUUUGUGCAGACUCCAUUUCCAACAAUAUUCUAACUGUUUUACUGCGAUUUGGAACUGCUACCAGUGCCAUGUGACCUAGAAGCCAGCAAAAAGAUAGAACAGAAUGGGGAAGGUUUGGGAGGAAAUAAAGAUAAAUAACACCGCUGAUAAAGAAAAAAAGUGUGUGUGUCAGGAAAUCAAUCCAGCAUCAUGGGAGCACUCAGCAGAAAGAAACUUUAAUCAACUAAACAAACUGAGUGUUAAUGUAAACAGCCUAAUCCUCUUCUGGGCGUGGGGAUAUAAUUUCUUAUGACACAAACAGGAAAGAGAGAAUGAUCUGAAGUCUCUCAAAUGGAUUCUGUGGGCCAAAGCCAAAAAGAUAGUUACUCCGAUCACAGAGCAAAUCAAUAUGGGAGGAAAAUACAAUCAAUGCAUUGUUUAUUAAAUACAUUUCCUUAUUAUUUCUAGUGUAUUUCUAUACUUUCACAGUGAGGUUCAGUGCUGCAUUCAAUAUGUAUUAUUUGCUAAGCCCUGAUGACAUACAUAGCUCUGAAUAAGACAGUCCUUUCCAUGAGAAGUUUACAAUCUGCAUUACCAGACAACACAAAUCAGACCCAGAAGAUACAAAAGUCUGCCUUUCAAAGUCUUUUAAAGUAAUUGGGUAGUUACAAUAGUGUUAUUGUGUGAGUUGCACAGAACUGAUGUGUUUCAAGAAGAGCUUUGAAAGUACAGAUUGGGUGCCAAGAGCAGCAGCGUAGGUGAGAUUUUAGGGUGAGGGCAGAAGGCAAAAAAUUAGACUUCUAAAGGGAGAUGAAGUAAACGUAAGGCAGUAUUGAUAAAUAAAGCAAAGAUGUAUAAAAAACAGGAUGUGGGUAGGAAGAGUUGUGAGAGCCUAUAUAUAUACUCUCCAUUCCUUUAUUGCCAAUAUAUUUUGUACUGUAGUAACUCCCUAUGUUUUUUCUUUUUCCUCUGUGUAAACCAAAGGUCAUUAUGGCUUACUCUAUAUACAAUGCAUUUUGACACUGCAUUUAGGGAAAAGUGGUUCCCUUUAUAACAAAUUAAACUAUAGAAUGUAAACAAUUUGUUGGGAUAUUCAGAAGUGAAACCCAUUCUAUUCAACACACUGCCUGCCCUGCAAUUUAUUAUAAUUUAAGAGGCUUUAUGUUCUAUGCGCACAAAACACAGAAACAUGGAAAAACACAACAAUCCAAAUUUUAAAAUGGUUAGCAGAGUAUGGAUUUAAAUGAAUGUGUAUCUUCAAAUACUGUGAAUUAGUGCACUGGCAUGUGGUGUCAAUUCUAUCCGCGUCCCCAAACUAAUGCUUGCUUUGGAGUUCAUGAAAUAAAUUAAUUGCCCACUAAGUUCCAGAUCCCCCACUGAAGUCAGUGGGAAUGAAUGGCACUGGCUCAAGCCCAAAGAGCAGUGUGAAUCCAAACCCAAC